GGUCUAUCCAAUAUUUGGUAUCUCCUUUACCUGUUAAUCACGUGAGACAACUCAAGGAAAUACACCGAUACUGACUCCCGGGAGUAUAGUUCUAAUUCGAGCGUGCUGAUUUCCAACCAUGAAUCAUUAAUACGGCCAGAGGUAUUGGCUUUUAUUUGUCGGAGCCUGGGACAAUUUCAGUAUUGCAGCGAGAGAUAGCUGGAUGAGAUACUGCCAAUAUCGGUUUAAUAUUAGUUUACGUCCAUGGAGGUAUGCUGUUGUAAAUUGACGCAAGAGGGUAGAUGAUCAAAUUGGUACAGUUAAUGUAGACUACACUACACUGUUUUUGGAAUAACUGACACCACUGGAGUACUUCGUUGACAAACAAAAUUGAUGUGUUGUAAACAUUAUCAGACAAAGCCUGAAAUGUAUCUUCUGCCGACUGAAAUAAACAUGACAUACGGGAACAUGUUACAACGAUAGAUAUUCUCUUGGAUAAUGAUGUUAGACUAUUGUGUUUGUAUUCUCUCGUAUCAAAUAUGGAUGAACGAAUCUUGAUAGGAAUCUUGUUGGGCCUUGCUGGCAGCCUGUCUCCAGUCAUAUGUGGACCAUGGCCAGUACACGAUACUCAUGAUGAGAUUAUUGUCAUAGAGGAACCACCCCAUCCCACAUGUCUAGAAGGUCUACAGUCAUGCAGGAAUGAAUCUGCGUGUAAUUCUGUGCUUGAUACCAUACCAAAGGAACAUGUAUGUGGAAAGUCAAGUAUGUUAUGUCCAGCGGAGGGACGACGCACCUGUAUGCACAUGAUACUAUAUCUGAGACGUCAUGUUAAAUUCAAAGACUGCACAUGCCCUCACAAUAUCAACAACUUUGAUAAAUGUCUGGAAAUGAGACGUACAAUAUUGCAGCACACGUGUAUGGACCCUAAUUGGCACGAAAAGACAACGGAACGUCUGGCGGAGUCGAUGGAAAGCAAUCGCCCGAUACCACAUGACAGUAUAUGGAACCUUGGAGGGAGCACGUCCCAGACAAGCGCCCCAAUAAGCAGCAACUAUGAGCGCUCGCAAGAUGACGAAGGCGCCUUCUCAUUGUUGACCGAGCUGACAAAACUCAGUAUCAUGCUAGAAGUUAGCAAAAUCCAUAAAAAUUCUGGUGAACCUAAUGCAAGUGACACUGUCGAUAAUGCAAGUGAUACUGUCGAUACCCCUUCGUCUUCCCUGUACUCACAACAGGAAAAUAAUCGCCAAAUGUCCACGGUACCGACGUCCACGAUGCCAUCUAGCACGACACCGACCUGGAAGGGCGGGUGGCCUAAAAAGACGUCCUGUCUUCGCAGACAAACCCUAUGCACAGCACACCCAGAAUGCUCGAAAGUAUUAAAGGCAUUCAAGGAUGCUUGUACUGUCAGGAAGAAUCAGUGCGAGGCUGAUGACAGGACGGAGUGCACAAGACGUGCUGAUGAGUUAAGGCCAUCGGGGUUGUUCAGCUGCCCAUGUCAUCACCAUACCUUCAAAGAUGGCCGAUGUGAUAAGAUUAAACAAAAGUAUAAAUUCCACCCAUGCUUAGUUGAAAAAGACCCAUUUAUAAUUGGUAGUGGAAGUCAUAGACCUUCACUGACUGGACCUACCGAAGUACCAUUUGAAAGGGGAUACACAUGUACAACAGAAGAUAACAGUAAAGAGAAUAUGUGUAUACCAAUGUAUGACAAGUGUGAACGUGACAGUUCGUGUAGACUCCCCCUUGCCAGGGUGAUAGACGCAUGUGAGUGGGAAAACGGUGGUUGUAAGAGAGAAAGCUGUUUUCCUGCCCUAAAUGACUUCUACAUCAAAGUUGACCCCUUGCUGUCCAGACAAAUGCUGUUUUGCUGUUGUACAAAGGGGGACGAAAGAUGCCAGAGUAAGCAGAUGAUGCUGCAGCCCAAAUGCUCACUUGAAAUCAAUCCAGAGCCAUCCUGCUUGGUACAAAUAGAGCAAUGCAAAGGAGAUUCUCGUUGUGGAGCUCGGUGGAACAUGUACAAUGAUACGUGCAGGUUUGACAAUGAUGGAAAAUGUCUUGCAAACACAUCGGACUGUAGAGAAGCAUUCGUGGCUAUCCAAGGAUAUGACCUAACCACUCGAUGUUCUUGCCGCUCCCAUAGACAUGAUAACCUGCAGAAAUGUCGAUACCUACAACGAGUCAUUCAUGCUAAUCCAUGCACAGCACGAGUGGUGGUAGAUUUUCGACCAGAGACACAUAGGUUCCCAUUCACAAGGGCGCCGUCUACAUCACUAGCUACGACUACAACGACUAGCCAAAGAGCAUACAUUAAACCCACCAUAGGGAGGGACCCACAGGAUGAAGCGCUCUCAAUUCACAAAUUUGAUAAUGUCACCCCCAAAUCUACCAUUAGUGAUCAGCCGCCAAAAACAGACUCACCUAAUUUCGUUUCAAAGCCAACGUGUUUUACCAAUAAGUCUCAAACAGCGUAUCCUGUACCAAAAUAUUUUGAAGAAACUUCAAUAUUAAGGAUUGACAACUCUACCGACGUCCUGUGUCCAACGCUGUGUACAUGUACGGGCUCUAUGAAGAGGGACAUUGCAUGCAGGGUGUUAACUCCAUGUCUACGUCGUCAGAGUUGUAGCAAGAACGGGAUUAUGUUCACCCAUGGCUCUAAACUUCCCGAGACUCAGUCACACAGAGGCAAAUGCCGUUGUCUCCAUGGAGAAAUCAUAUGCUCUAACCCAACAAAAACAACCGAUGCUGCGACAGACUCCAUCAUUCUCAACCUGGGUUAUAGCACUAAAGAGAAAUCCUUACUGAAGGAUAAUUCAGUGGACUUCGACACUGAAAACUUAACACAAAAACUUACAUUACUGCUGAAUGGAAGGAGAAGGAAGUUGCAGAACUGCCAACUGACUGUGUUGGAAGAGACACAUGGUAACAUAGUCUACGGUGUACAUAGCAGAAAGGGAGCAUCUGAAAUAGAUUGUCUUGAACCAACAAAGAUGUUAAACCUCCUCAUUGACCAAUCGCACAACUCUGUAACCAACGACGCCCAUCUUUCCAUAUUCAAAGUAUCACACUAUGUGGAUGGCACUGUAAAGACUUCAGCUAAUGUAGAUUCACAAUCUUCUAGCUCAGGAGCCAAACAGAUAUUUCACAACCAAACUAAAACAAUUUCUACAAUCAUAUUAAUAACAGUGACGCUUUUCAGAUUAUAUGGCUUGCCAGUUGGGUAAUGAGAGUUUUGCGGAGAUUGUGGAUGAUAUAAGUGAUGUCAAAUUACCCUGUAUAUAUGUACCAAUCACAUCGAAUUGUAUAUAAAUUGUACAUAUGUUUGAUUUAUACUAAAGAAUUAAUUAUUUAUUAGAUGAUACCAUAUAACAUAAGCUCAUACAUUAUUGAAAAUAUUAUAAUGUAAAUAUCAUAUAAUGAAAAUGUUAUAAUGUGAAUAUAAAUGCAUAAGACUGUAUAUCCAAUAAUUUAUCAUAAACUGAGACUACUUCAAAACAACUAAAGGAUGUAUAGUAUUAUGAUUAUUAUUAGAUUCAGUAAGUUCUUCAACAAUUAUAUUCACAAAGCGCAAAGAUAUGCACGGGGGUAUAUCUAUCUAGAAACUCUUUAUGGAUAUACCUUCGUAACUCGUAAGUAAACCGUGUAUACUGGGUAAAUUGCAAUGGGUACUGAGAUAAUAAUGGGUAUUAUUAUAUCACUAUCUAGCUAGCGACAGUAUGAUUGGUCAAAACCGGGUC